AUGUCUUCCACGAAAGCCGCCGUCAUCCGAGAGUGUCGACCUGGUUUGACGGCCUACGAAGCUGUUUACAAGAAGAUUCAUGCAAACCCCGAGCUGUCUCACUGCGAGUCCGAAACAGCCUCAUUAAUUAUUCAGCAUCUCCGGGGCUUGAGCGCCGAUUUUGAAAUUCGGGCAGGGAUCGGAGGCCACGGGUUGAUUGCGAUCCUGCACAAUGGAAGCGGGAAAACGGUCCUGCUCCGAGCAGAUAUCGAUGCAUUGCCGGUCGCAGAGCGAACAGGCCUCGAAUACGCCAGUCUGCGAAGGCAAAUCGGCCGUGAUGGAAAAGAAACGCCAGUGAUGCAUGCCUGCGGACAUGACUUUCACGCUGUCUGCUUACUGAUCGCAGCCGAGACUCUCCUGAGGGCACGCCAAUGUUGGACUGGGACCCUCGUGUUUCUCUUCCAACCCGCCGAAGAGGCUGGGGAUGGCGCCCUGGGAAUGGUCAACGAUGGCUUAUAUGACAGUUCGCGGCAUAACUGUCCGAUUCCUGAUAUUGUUCUGGGACAGCACGUGGCCCCGAUCCGGGCUGGAGUGGUUGCAUCCAAAACUGGCCCCAUUAUGAGCUCCUCUGACAGCCUCAAAGUCACCAUCUUUGGCCGAGGCGGACAUGGAAGCAUGCCGCAUCGUUGUAUUGAUCCCGUGGUGAUAGCCAGUCAUAUCGUCGUCCGUCUCCAAACAAUUGUCAGUCGGGUUGUGCCUCCUGAUGAAGUUGCCGUCAUCACGGUCGGGUCUAUCCAUGCUGGCGAAGCGGAGAAUGUGAUCAGCGAUCGCGCAUUCUUUACUGUCAACAUUCGAACCCUCGAUGAAGAAGUACGACACACUGUUCUCGAUCAUGUUCAGAGAACGAUAAAGUCAGAAUGCGAAGCAGGAUUUUGUGAGAAGGCCCCCCAGAUCGAACAUCAUAUGAGCCUUCCAGUCACCGCAAACUCGGAGAAUACUGAAACGAAACUCAGACAAACGUUUGCGCAGAUUUUCGGGCCCGACUUUGUGGUCGCACCAAAAAGCAGCCUCGCCAGCGAAGACUUCAGUAUCCUCGCUGGAUCGAUUGGAAAACCAUACUGUUUCUGGCUGUUCGGCGGUAUAGAUCAACAGCUGUGGGAUUCUCUAGCUGCACAAGGAAAGCUGGACACGGUGCCGAUCAACCACAGCCCAGACUUUGCGCCGGCAAUCCAUCCGACCCUUCAAACUGGAGGGGAUGCUUUGGUUGCGGCAGCGCUCACUUUCUUGGAAUCUUCCCAAUAG